UAGAAAUAUACAUUGUCGUAGGAACUGCCUACUUAUCAAGAUGGGACCAUGUGUAUGCAGCAAGACGCAACACAGAUUCUAGCCACCUCUAGUGACAGUAGCGCAACGCGCCAUUACAGCCAUAGAAGCAGCCACAUCUGGGGCAGUCCGAAACUUACCAACGCGAGCUUCAGCCGCACACUCGACCAGAACCUAGAAGAUGCUGCCAAAGGCUGCCCUCCCGGCCUCCCACAUCUCGAGACUGGUUUCCGCCAGCGAAGCCACCCCCUGACGUAUCUCUUCACUUUAUGUCGUCUUAAUCGUGUCGGAACAUGGACCUCCUGAAUAUUUUCCUCAUAGCCAACAGCGUUUGUGCAUUUAUCUACACCAUUCAGCUAGUUUACCUGGACAAGACACGCCUACGAAGCGGAAUCAUCGCAGAAACUACAUCCAGGAAGCGUGCUCGUCUCCUUCGAGCAGGACCAGUCGUCUGCUCGAUACUGGCCACAAUUGCCGUGGUUCUUGUACCGAUACUCGGUAGCAGUAGAUUUGAAGCCUGUUUACAGGAAAACAGCGAAAUCAACCCAGAUGUCGGGGGUAUCGGUGUCCUUCUCGGCCUUUUUCUGCCUUGUCUUGUACUCCUUGUGGUACUGUUCCUAGGUCACUUCACGGUACAUACCUCAGGUGCCAAGGAGCUUUGCGUGGCUCAGUGUGCAAACUUGCUUUAUCUCACGAUCAAUCUUGCCAAGGGGAUGUCAGGAUUGAACACCCAAGAGCUUGUCAUUGCUCUCUCCAGUAUUGAUGCAGUUAGUGCUUCGAUAUCGAUGGCCUUUUCGGACAAGGACGUACUUGCUGCUCGGAAGCUGGUUAGUUUCGGUUUCCUGACGCAGCUUGUGGCGUAUGUUGUACAGGCUAUAGCUUUCAGCGCAUACACGCAGCGUGAUAAGCCACAGUGUGGGUCCUCCACACCAUAUCAGUUAUUUUCCCAGCACUAUUCGACAGCAUACUGGAUUUACUUGGCUUUCCGCAUCGCUGCGUCGAUAUUUCCAUGUCAGGUAGCCUACCGUCUCACGUCGAGCUUGAACAAGAUUGAAAACAAAAAUAACGCUACACGAAGCACACGUGUCAAAGCCACCGCUCUUUGGAGGUCACUACCCGCCACCUUAGCGACAAGCUACUUGAUCUAUUGGUCAUUCGUGCUACUCCAUGGAUUAUCUAUAUUCAACAUCCUACGUGGAACCAACACUAUCGGACAGUCCUGGCACAGCUUAACAAGCGAGUGGGGACAGAGUGCCAAUGCUAUCAUAGCGGUCUUUGCCAUUUGCCAUGUCGCAUAUGCAGUCUACAGGCUGUUCGUUGCUGAGAGCACGAAUGAUGAUGCACAGACUCCCGAACACAGCGGGCGAUCGAUCAGUCGAGCCUAUCCCCAAAGGGGCUGGAUGGCAUGGAAACAUUGGCCUUGGACAAAGCCAAGAUGGCCUUUCCGUUUGGGAUUGGACUACUCAGAUCAUCUCUUGAUAGACGAAAGUAUGCUUCAAAAGGUACUAAAUCCGCCUCUGGAAAUGGACCCCGAAGUGCGCAAAAAGCUCUGGCAAGACCUCAUGGAUGGUUUUACAUACAACGAUCUUGACGGUAUUCUCGAUUGUCUGGACCAAGGAGCCCCAGUGGAUGAACCUAAUGACGACGGAAACUGGCCCGUUCAUUUAGCUGCUCGCUACAACAACACCGAUAUCUUGAUGAAAACACGAUUCGAGUCCACUGAGGGUACUACCACUUACGACUCGCUUUUGCAGAGAAACCUUGCUCAAGAGACUCCGCUGGAGAUUGCAUGCAAUACAGGUACACUCGAAGCUGUUCGUUGGAUCAUGGAACGUCUUCCACAAGAAGACGAAGAAGCCAACGCUGUCGUCUAUCGAGCGUUCAAAUCAACAAUUUCGUCGGAGAAGGAAGGAGUGCUGAAGAUUCUGCAGCACUUAUGGCCUGCUGAAAAAGCACUCAAGAUGCGUACCGAGGUCCAAGAAUCAGCACCGCUAAACCGGCAGGGACGCAAACGCAAACCAACUCUCUCGCUUAUCGAUCCUGCAAUCCUGGUAACAACUCAAUCUCGGUUCCAAGAAACGUUCGAGCUCGCAUGGAAAAUACCCUCUACAUACCUGAUGCGCUGUGUACUGGACCCACAGGUCAUAUCUGAGGCACACACGCCAGGGAUAAGUCGGUCUAUCAUGAACUCCUCACUUAGCGAUAGCAUGUGUCUGGAGCUGUUACAGAAUCUCGGCUUUGCACCUCUCGAAUUGCUAUUCUGCGCUGUCAAGUAUGCAGUCAACCCAUCAGCCUCGAAUCCCAGAGCUAGUUUGUGGGAAACCAUCAUGCUGGACAUCAGUAUAUUCACUCCAGAACUCUCAGAUUCAGUUUUGACCGAAUCGAUGCUUCUUUCGGAGAUUUCGCAAGAAGGCGAGGUGGCCCGCCUUCAUAUUGCCCAAAUCUUUGGUAGUCAUGGAGGACGAGACUGGUCCGAGGUGGUGAAGGCAUCUACGGAAGCUCGCCCUUCAGAUUUACAGCACCUGAUUGAUGCAGAGAGCGACAGUUCCUGCCUACAACGCAUGCUGAAUGUGAAGAACGCGAGAGGACAUACACUUCUGGACCGUACUAUCGAAAGACCCCUUCAUCGAACCGAGACUCAAGAAAAGCAACGACAGCGGCUACAAUGUAUCGAUCUACUGCUGAAACAUGGGAGUCUUGUAAGGCCUAAAAACCUCGCCCGGGCCUAUGAGCGCUCCAGUGCGAUGAGCUUCGCUGUGUUUAUGUUGCUAGUCGCGUACAGUAAUAGCGGGACCUUAUCGCGCGCACUGCACAAAGUUUGUUCGACGGAUAAGCUUCAUGAGUGGAAAGAAGCCCGCGGUAGCUUCCAGAAGAUACAGGCGCUUCUCAGAGGAGGUGCUGAUCCAACAAUUAUGAACAAAUUCCAUUGCACUCCGCGGGACAACGUACUACUCAUCAUCAAAGACGACUCGUACGCCAAAGAGUCAGGGACUGGUACGUCGUCUCCCGUUGACGGGGCUGUCUCUGCCAACCAGGUUGCUGGAAAAUAUCUUCUGAAGACAUAUAAACUCUUGCAACGAUGGGAAAACUAUCCCCAGGACCCAAGCUGUCGUAAACCUUCUGAAGAUACGGACGAAGAUUGGAAAGCUUUCUCGAUCGAUCUUACCAAGAACUUGGACGAUUGGACAUGGACAUGGCUCGUCGAAAAGAACCCUGAGGGCUACAAAGUGGUUGACGACUAACGGAGAAAGAUUGAGCACCGUACCAAGAGUCUACCAAAGUGUCCUUUGGCAAGAUCGGAAAUGUUGGAAUAUAGACUCGGCGGCUCGGCGCUUCGGCUCCGAGCCCCACAAUCAUUUAACCCACCCAAUCGCGAGCAGGCUGCGAGGGCCCUGUACCCCAUACUUAUCCUACGUAUAUAUACCGUUGCUUGCAACACCAACUCGAUGAAUUCAGAAAUACGUACCAAGAGUCUACAGUGACUCAGCAUCUUUCUAACUCCUGUUUUCAUAUCGAUGUAGAUGGCAGAACCCCUGUUUAGUUUGAUCCUUGUAGGAGAUACUAUAGCUUUCAUAGCGUGCU